UGUCUAUGAUUAUUGUUUACGUCAGAUUUCUCAAAGUAAAUGCAAAUAUAAGGCAUAAAUAUUGCACUUUUUCUAAAAUAAUGAAUUAUCACAAUCAAAACAUUUAAUUAAACCGUUAAGUAUUUUAAAAAUGUGUAAAGUUUUCUUCUAAAUAGAUUAAUGUAUAUAACCAGCCACAUAACCUAGAAGGUGUCAGGAUUCUUCGUUGUGUUUUACUUGUAUACAAAUUUUAAUUAUGGCUUACCAGUUAUCAAGAAGAGAGGUUGAAGAUUUACGCUCUUCCCUCGACCGUGCUAUUUACAGGACUAUAGGAAAAUCAGAUAGCUCUUUACUUUCCACUGUUUCCUCUUGUCUCACAAAUGGGUACGAGCGUCGUAAGAUAAUAGACAAGAUAUCUUCACACAUAGAUUCCAAGAAAGCAAGCAAGCUAGCCGACAAGGUAAUAGCUCUCGCACAAGAGCUGGUCUCCACAUCGAAGACGCAGAAACGGAAACAUGAUGACAAAGAUAAAGACAAAGAUUCAAAGAGAUCCCGUCACGAUGACAGACAUGAAUCCCGUGAUGAGAAACGCGACCGGGAUCGAGAUAAGGAUAAGGAGGAUAAAGACAAAAAAGCAGAUAACGGUAUAGAGUUACCCUCCAUACUCUCUGAUGGGGAGACCAUUGGCUCCAAGAUGGCUGGUCUAAGUGCUGACAAAAUUAAGGUGAUGAUGGCGAACGCUCAAAAGGAGAUCGAAGAACGCAAACGCGCGUUACUCGCCCUGAAGGGGGAGACCCGUAACGUGAACACUGCAGCGGCCGCGGCACAGCAGAUCAAGGUCCAGAUGCAGCAGAACAAUGCGAUACCACCCCCUAGUGUUAUCAAACCGGUUCUUUAUUCUAAACCUGCCGUACAACCCAUAACUGCUGAGGAGUUGGAGAAGCAGAGGAAGAUAGCAGAACUUCAGGCCAGGAUACAGAGAAAGUUAGCGGGCGGAGCCCUGGCCGCGGCUGGCGCGUCCGGUCCGGCGCCCCUCAUCCUGGACCGCGAGGGUCGCACCAUCGACACCAGCGGGAAGCGGGUCCAGUUGACACACGUCGCGCCCACGCUUAAGGCCAACAUCCGCGCCAAGCGCCGCGAGGAGUUCCGCGCGCAGCUGAGCGCGCACGCGGCCGACGCCGACGACGCGGCGCCGUGGCGCGACGCGCGCCUCGCCGCGCGCGCGCCCGCCCGCGCGCGCCGCGCGCUGCGCUUCCACGAGCCCGGCAAGUUCACGCAGCUGGCGGAGCGCCUGCGCAUGAAGGCGCAACUGGAGAAGCUCCAGAACGAAAUAUCUCAAAUAGCUCGCAAGACGGGCAUCUCGUCCGCCACCAAGCUGGCGCUGCUGGCCGCCGACGUGCCCGACUACGACCGCGUGCCCGACAUCGAGUGGUGGGACAGCGUAAUCCUGAUGACGGCCGAGGAGCGCGAGGCGAAGCGCCAGCGCUCGGUCGGGGCCUCGGCCGACGAGCGCUCCGACAUGCAGCGGGUGGAGGCCUGCAACCUGGGCGCCGACGACAUCGUCGACAACGUCAACGAGGACGCCAUCACCAACCUCGUGGAGCACCCGCAGCAGCUGAGGCCGCCCACGGAACCAUUAAAACCGACAUACAUGCCAGUCUUCCUCACGAAGAAGGAGAGGAAGAAAUUGAGGCGACAAAGCAGGAGGGAAGCUUGGAAGGAAGAACAGGAGAAGGUGCGACUCGGACUCGAGGCGCCGCCUGAACCAAAAUUGAGGAUAUCGAACCUGAUGAGGGCGUUGGGUACGGAGGCAGUCCAGGACCCGACAGCCAUCGAGGCGAAGGUCAGGGAGCAGAUAGCGAAGCGGCAGAAGACACAUCUCGAAGCGAACAAGGCGAGGGCGCUCACGAAGGACCAGAAACGGGAGAAGAUCGACAGAAAGAUACGUGAGGACACGUCGAUGAGCGUCCACGUUGCUGUCUACAGGGUGAAGGACCUGUUCGAGUGCGCGUCCGCAAAGUUCAAGGUGGAGGUGAACGCGCAGCAGCUGCAUAUGACGGGCUGCGUCGUGCUGCACCGCGGCUGCUGCGUCAUCGUGGUGGAGGGAGGACCUAAGCAGCACGCCAAGUACAAGCGCCUAAUGUUGCAUCGAAUCAAAUGGGAGGAAGAGAUCAUUAAGGACGCGGACGGUCAGCAGACCGGGAACAGCUGCCACCUCGUGUGGGAGGGCGCCACCGCCAAGAGGGCCUUCGGAGACAUCAAGUUCAAAGUGAUGCCGACGGAGAAGCAAGCGAGAGAGCUGUUCCACAAGCACGGCGUAGAGCACUACUGGGACCUCGCCUACAGCGGAGCCGUGCUCGGGGCUGGCGCGGAGGAGCCCUAGACACAGGCUAGGCACAGGAGCCCUAACGGAAGACAAGACCCCAAGAUACUGACAUGCAGUUUUAAACACGGCGUGUAAAAUAUUAAAAAUAAAUACAUAAAACGUG